GUUUAUCCUAAAACUCCUGACGUGACAGCCAAACAAACACCUCGCGCGUCACAUGCCCAACAGCCCAAGCCUGAUCACUCCAUAUAUUCAUUAACUUUCACUUGUUGCGAUUCAUGCUUCGAGCUAGUUCGACCAGGUAGCCAGCAAGAGUUCAAGUCCUAGAAAAGGCAGAAGAACCUAUCAUCCAUCCAUGGCGCCUCAGCACUUCCUGGUGGUGGCGUUCCCCGGGCAAGGCCACAUCAACCCGACCCGCGCCCUGGCCGAGCGCCUCGCGCGAGCCUUCCCCGGCGCGCGGGUCACGCUCUCGGCCGCCGUGUCGGCCCACCGGCGCAUGUUCCCGUCUCUGGCGUCCCCCGACGAGGAGAUCAUCAUCCCCGACGGCGCCAGCGGCAUCUCCUACGUCCCUCACUCCGACGGCUACGACGACGGCUUCAACCUCUUCGCCGCGACCGGGGACGAAGCGUGGGCGCACGUGGAGACCGCCGCGCGCGUGGGCCGGGCCACCCUGUCGGCGGCGCUGGACCGGCUGGCGGCCCGCGGCCGGCCAGUGACCUGCGUCGUCUACGCCAUGCUCAUGUGGUGGGCCGCCGACGUUGCCCGCGAGCGCGGCCUGCCCCGCGCGCUCUACUGGAUCCAGCCGGCCACCAUGCUCGCCGUGUACUACCACUACUUCCACGGCUACGAGGGGCUCAUCACGGCGCACGCCGGCGAGCCCGGGUUCACCGUCGCCAUGCCGGGCCUCCCGCCCAUGGCCAUCCGCGAGCUCCCCAGCUUCUUCACCAAGCUCGCCGACAGGACCCUCGCCGCGGCGUUCGACGACAUCCGGAAGACGUUCCAGCAGCUGGAUCUCGACACGAGCACCGGAGAGAAACCCAUGGUGCUCGUGAACACCGUGGAGGCAUUGGAGGCCGGCGUGCUCGCGUCCCUCCCUGGGCUCGACCUGUUCCCCGUCGGCCCGGCCGUCGUGUCUCUCUUCGCCGACACGAGGAGGAGUCCUGGCACCGACACCGUGCGAGAUCUGUACGAGCACGACGACGAGAAGCGCUACAUGGAGUGGCUGGACACGAAGCCGGCCCGGUCCGUGGUGUACGUGUCGUUCGGGAGCAUGUCGGCGGUGAGCAAGCGGCAGAAGCAGGAGAUCAAGCGGGGCCUCGCGGCCGCCGGCCGGCCGUACCUGUGGGUGAUCCGCAAGAACAACAGGGACGCCGACGAGGACGGCGAUUCCGUCGAACAGGACGCGGGCAUGGUCGUGGAGUGGUGCGACCAGGUGCGGGUGCUGGAGCACGGCGCCGUGGGGUGCUUCGUGACGCACUGCGGGUGGAACUCGACGCUGGAGAGCGUGGCGUGCGGCGCGCCGGCGGUGGCCGUGCCGCAGUGGUCGGACCAGGACACCAACGCGCGCCUCGUGGCCGAGGAGUGGGGCACGGGCGUGCGCGCCGCCAUCGACGCCGACAGGGUCGUGGACGCCGGGGAGCUCGCCAGGUGCCUGGAGGUGGUCAUGGGGGACACGGGCGCCGCCAUACGUGGCAGCUCGGCGGCGUGGAAGGCCAAGGUGCAGGAGGCUGUCGCGGACGGCGGCUCGUCGGACCUUCAUCUGAGGACUUUCCUCGGUUGCCUGGACCGGUUUAUUAGUACGAAAGAGACUUAGAAUUUCAUAUGCUACUAGUACUUGGAUAGUGCGGGAAGCCUACCAUUGGAGGCGUGAUCAUGUUGUGUACUCCUUGUCAGUGGUUCAAAGCGUUCAUCGCCAUCGGCAUAUGUGGCGCAAUUUAUUGUCAAGAAUUCGGUCAUCAGGGGCAGGAACUGGACCGCGAGGAGGAGCUCCAUGAUUAAAUCCAUGAUGGUAGCUUCUGUUCCGCGAUCAGGUGCAGUAGAAAUCGGCAGCCCGACUGAUUGGCUGCAAUUCAAUGCCGACCGCCCGCGCAUGUCCAGUUUAAUUGACCUUGUCGGGAAACACUAUCAAAGGGUGGUGGCGGAGAACCUACUCGAAUGUUUCGGUGAAGAAGAAACGCCCUGGCAUGGCAUAUGUGCAUGGAACGUCUAUAAACAGACGACCGACCCGACUGCAGUGGCGGCCAUGACCAGAGAUGAUUGAUUGGUUUCGGCCUACUCCUUGGGUCCAGGCCUGAGGAGGCCAGACACUGUAACUGUAAUUAGACACCUGCAACACGUGCAGAGCCCACCUUGGGGUCGCGAUCUGGGUUUGGUAAAAUCCGACAAGAAGAACCCAGCCGCACCCUAAUCUUUUACAAUAUCCAAAGGUUCCAUUGGUACAAUAAUGAGAAGUGAAACCAUGGAUCAACAUCUCA